AUGACGUAAGACCGCCAAGAAACGAACCAACCGGCAACCGCCGCCGCCUCCUUCGACUCCGAUCGAGUUGGAGGCCGCCGCAGCGAACGCCAAUGGCUCCUCUUCACUCUCCACCGCUGCUCGCCGACUCUCUCGCGACGCUCCGCACAGCCUCGCCGUCCUUCCCCUGCUCCUCUCGCCGCACCCGGCCGUCGGUUUCAGCUAGGUUCGCAAGAACCGGCCGGCGGAGUAACCGGCGCCGGAGCGGGAGCGCGGGGGGGAGGAGAGAUCUUAGGGUCUAUGCCUAUGCUUCGGAGACUGAGCACGGAAGUACGGAGGAUGAAGUCGCCGACGAUUUCUACUCCGUUCUUGGCGUCAUGCCAGAUGCAACCCCUGAGGAAAUCAAGAAAGCAUACUACAGUUGCAUGAAAGCGUGCCACCCUGACCUCAGUGGGGACGGCCCCGAAGUAACAAAUUUCUGCAUGUUCAUCAACGAGGUUUACACGGUGCUGAGUGAUCCAAUCCAGCGUGCAGUGUAUGAUGAGAUUCAUGGCUACUCAGCAACCGCGAUCAACCCUUUCUUUGAUGACAGUGCACCGAAGGAUCAAGUGUUCGUUGAUGAGUUUACCUGCAUAGGAUGCAAAUAUUGUGCGAACGUGUGUCCCAAUGUAUUUAGAAUUGAGGAGGAUUAUGGGAGGUCAAGAGUCUACUCCCAAUCGGGUCGCACAGAGCUCAUUCAGGAGGCCAUUGAUAGUUGCCCAGUCAACUGUAUUCACUGGACUUCUGCUGCACAACUUUCUCUCCUCGAGAAUGAAAUGCGGAGAAUAGAGAGGGUGAACGUUGGGCUGAUGAGUGCUGGGAUGGGAGUUUCAGUUGAUGUGUUCCGAAUGGCUAGUGUGCGUUGGGAAAAGAGACAGUCAAAAAUUUUGGAAAACAUUAGGACACGGAUGGCAAACAAAAAUAAUUCAGAUAUAAGUGGCACUUGGAGUGAUAUCUGGGGAUCUCCAACUCGAUACCAAGGAAAUGAAGAAGAAGCAACAGAGAGAGCGAAGAGGGCAGCAGCUGCUGCUAGGAGAUGGCGAGAAUACUCACGAAAAGGCGCAGACAAACCACCAGGAUACAGGCUUCCAGAGGCAGUGGGCAAUAAAGAGUAAUGGCAGAAGAAAGAAAUACAUCUCUCAUGCAUACACUAUUUGAUAGCAUUUCGUUACCUGUACAUAUACCCUUAAUUGUUUGGAGAGAGAGAGAGAGAGAGCGAGAGAGCUGACCUGUAGAUUGCUCUCUCCCCAUUCCUCAUUGUUCAUCUGUAAAUGGUAUGCUAGAUAUAGCCGAUGCCAGUGACCUGUAGAAUACACACGUCGAAUCCUCAAAUAGUUAAACAUUCAGAAUGUAAAAGAUGAAUAUAUGUACAUUCUCUUUCAACAAUGGUACAGCCUGAAGAUCCAUCUUUU